AUGGCGCUGUCGGUGGACGCCUUUGACCAUCUCGUGAACGAACUUCAGUCAGAGCUAUUUUCCGACGAUCUGCAGCCGCCACGUGCUGCCCGCGGCACAUGGACGCACGCGCGCUUGCUCGCCUUCUUUGAGAGUGGUGGCGUCGACGGCUGCGACGAGGACAGCAGCGAGGUUGGCAGUGAGGGUAUCGGCGAGGAUGGCGGCGAGGGUAUCGGCGAGGACGGCUCGUCUCCACCGCCGGGGUUUGUUCCGCUGCCUGGCGUGAGCGAGCCUGCUGAUGGCGCGGCAGUUGCGGCCGCGCUCGAUGAUGGCCGCCGAGUCGCUGUCUUCUCCUCUGGCGGGGAUCUGUACGCCGUCGACGCCGACUGCCCGCACAUGGGCGUCGGCCUAGAGGAGGGAGACAUCGAGGACCUGGGGUCGGGCCCGUGCGUCGUCUGCCCGUGGCACGGGUGGAGCUUCGAGCUGCGCAGCGGCUACUGCGAGCUGAUGGACUCGUACAUGCUGCGCGCGUACGACGUGCUCGCCCUCCCGGACGGAUCCCUGUGCGUGAGCAGCGCAUCCAGGCCGCCGCCCGAGCCACCCAGCGGCCGCGACGAAAUCGAUUGA